AUGGGAAACGGCUGCCACAUGGUGGUAACUGUGCUGCUGCUGCUGCUGCUGCUGGUGGUGGGCACCGAAAGGACGAGAGCCCUGCGGGAUUCCUGUGACAAGUGUGAGGCUGGUACCUUCUGCAAGAAAGACAAUCCAGUUUGUACCAGUUGUCCUCCAAGCACUUACUCCAUCAGGGGUGGACAGCCGUACUGCAACAUCUGCAAAGUGUGUGGAGGUUACUUCAGGUUCAAGAAGCCUUGCUCCCCGACCAGUGACGCAGAGUGUGAAUGCACCGAGGGACUCCACUGCUUGGGGCCAAAGUGUGCCAGGUGUGAGAAGGACUGCAAGCCAGGCCAAGAGUUGACAGAGCAGGGUUGUAAAAUCUGUGGCUUCGGGACGUUUAAUAAUCAGAACGGUGGUGGCAGCUGUCGACCCUGGACAAACUGCUCUCUAGGUGGAAAGUCUGUGCUUGAGAACGGGACCAAGGAGAAGGACGUGGUCUGUGGGCCCGAUUUGGCCAGCCUCUCUCCAGGUACCUCCCCCACCGCCGUGCCGGCCCCCGGAGGGCUCCCCUUGCAGGUCCUUACCGUGUUCCUGGCGCUGACCUCCGCCAUAGUGCUGUUCCUGCUCUUCAUCAUUCUCUGGCUCUUGGUGGCCAGAUGGAGCGGCAAGAAAUUCCCCUACAUAUUCAAGCAACCAUUUAAGAUGGUCGUUCGAACGGCUCAAGAGGAAGAUGCGUGUAGCUGCCGAUUUCCAGAGGAAGAAGAAGGAGGAAGCUAUGAGAUGUGAUGUGCCAUCCCAGGAGAUGUGGGGGUCCUCAGGAAAUUGAGGAGCAGCACAAGAACCCCACUGUCCUUUCCUAACACCAUCCUAGACAAUGUGCAAGUGCUCACCCCA